AUGAGUCCUACCUUGGAUAUACUACCUGGAGAGCUGCUAUACGACAUUGUCUUGCACUUCGAUCAGGACAGCUUCAAACAGUCGCUUCUCGCACUCAGCAGAGCUAUCCCGCGAUCCCCAGUCCCCGCAUUUCUACUAUUUGAGAAGAUACACCUCGAACAUGGAGACCAAGUCUUCAAGCUCUACCGCCGUCUUCGCCACGCCCCCGAGGAUGCUGCUCGCGUGCGCGAAUUCUCAUUUGAGAGCUGGAUCGUCGAUGCGGACAUCUUUGUCAAUCUCAUGGCCCUCCUGCCUUCUCUGACGUCACUCAAGAUGCACAUUGGGCCAAACUUCGCCCCGGAACACCUCGAGGAGAUAUUCCAGCCCCCUCGUACGCAUCUGCGUUUUCUUUCUAUGCGAUUUCGACCAUACGUUCAGAGGGCUACGUACUACCAGUUUCUCAAGGGUGCAUACUUUGAUUCAACCAUCCUAGCAUUGUCUGGUUGGCCAGAGCCUGCACUGCCCAUACUAUCCAUCGUACAAGAUCCACUCGAUCCUGCUCUCGCACCAACGAACUUUGCCCAGCCGCUGGUGUUCUUCCGCCUGGACCCCUUGUCUGCCCUGGCAGUAUCUCCGCUGGCGGAUGAACUCAAGCAGUUCCGCCUGCGCAUACCAGGGCGUCAAAUUGCCCGCCAUCUGCAUUCUAUCAUGCACUCAUUCCCCGCCCUGGAAUUCCUCGACCUGUCGACCAGCAAUGUCGGCAGCCACGAUGUCGCCGGGCUGCUUGGGCGCCUCCGAGAACUCCAGAUUCUGGUGCUCGACGGCUGCCCGAUUGUGAGCCAGCGUGUCGACGUUCAGAUCGAUGCCGGCGACCCGUUCCUCCAGUGGGCAGAGCUCGGCGAGGCCCUCGCGCUCGCCGGUGUCGCGCGCGCGACCGAGCGCGAGAAGCGGCUUCGCGCGUGGACCGACGCGUACUACGCCGCGGAGAACGAGCAGGAGACGACCGAGAAGGGCAAGAAGGCUCGGCGCGGUCGCAAGGGUCUAGCCACUGCGACCAUCUCGUUGCGUGCGCCCGAGCCCGAGCGAGUCCUGCAGCCAAGCAGGGACAUCCCACCGGCGCGAAUACCGAAACGCGACCAGCGGAUCCGCGUGCUACCGCCUGCCCCCGUGCUCUGCUCGCUCGCGACGAGCUUUCCGGGUGCGCUAACCACGGGCGUCUAUGAGGAGGUGAAGGAGGCGUUCGAGCGCGGCUGGGCGGUGGGCAUCGCACGGCUCCAGGCCAUUCGGCUGCGGCAUCUUACGAGUUGGCGCAAUGGCGUGUCUCGUGUAGUGCGUUUCGCGGAUAGGGGGUCGGCGGAGUGGGAGGAAGAGGAGGAGUACGGAGAGGAGGGUCUCAUUGGGUUCGUCGACGUAACGGAGGAGAACGCGUUCAUGCUCAAUGUUGUCGGGGAAGAUCAGACCGAGGGAAGUGCUGGGACGGGCCACUCCUGUCCGCUGUUGUGUGUUGCUGGACCCGAGCGUGAUGCGGCACAUGUUGACGGUUGCGGACACCGGGCGGGCUGGGACAUUUACAAGGACGAGAUUUAA